CUCUUCUUCCCCUUUUGGCCCCACACGUUUUCUUCUCUCUUCUUCCUUUGUUUGCAAAUUCAGAGGGUUUUUCCUUUAGUUUUUACCCUGUACUGCCACCUCACUCCACCUCUCCGUUAACUUACAAUUCAAGAUUCUGUUUUUUUUUUCUUGAUCCCAUAUAAAGAUUUCAUCUUUUUCUUUAAUUGGGUGAUUUGGGUGAAAUCUUGUUUUGUUUUGUUGCUCAUGGCGUAUCAGAUGAGUCCAGGUGGGAGUAGUAGUGGUGGGGGGUCAGGUUCGCCGUUUACGGGUCGGGGCCCAUAUGGGGUUGGGGAUACGACGUAUACGAAGGUUUUUGUUGGUGGGUUGGCUUGGGAGACGAAGAGUGAAUCACUCCGCAGUUAUUUUGAACAGUUUGGGGAUAUUAUUGAGGCGGUUGUUAUUACUGAUAAACAUACUGGACGCUCUAAAGGCUAUGGCUUUGUUACGUUCCAUGAUCCGGAAGCUGCAUGGAGGGCUUGCACCAAUCCUAAUCCAAUCAUUGAUGGUAGAAGGGCUAAUUGCAACCUGGCUUCACUUGGGAGACCUCAAGGACUUUUACCUUAUGGACGUUUGAGAUCUUCAAUGCCUUAUCUGGGGAAUCCACAGGCCUCAAGGGGUAUGUAUAUGGGGAACCCCUAUUACCAGCUACCAGUUCCUUACAGUUAUCAGCCUGGAUUCUCAUAUCCUCCAUAUAGGUUUCCUGCAUAUGGGCCAGACUAUGUUUACCCGCAGAUGUAUGGGAUACCAAGUACUGUUGGCACAAACACAUUACAGUUUGGCCAACUUGGUGCGCAGCCGGGCAGUCCUGCGUAUGCGUAUCGCGGUCAUUUGAUGACUGGUCCUCAUAUGGUGCAAUAUCAGAGACCUAAUGCUAGUGGAGCUAUGACAGACAAUGUUCCUUUGAUGCAACUACCUUAUCACUCAGGCAUCACUAUGCCAUCUCCUCGUCAGCCACAGACUGCAGUACAAGCUCGUCCACCACAAUUCACUCAGAGCAGUGGCUCUGACCAAAUGGCAGGUUGAAUGGUUUAACUGGAUGUAUCAUGUCGCAGGAUGAAUUCAAGGAAUUGGCUCGCUGUUAUUUGUGUGGUAAGACUUGGAACAUGACCUUGAACGUCAGAUGGGGAGGCAAACAGAGGUCUUUCAAAGUCAUGACCACCAAGAACUCGAGGGAAUCACUUGUAAAAUACCAAGAAGUUCAGAUAACCAUAUCAGAAAUGAGGUAGUGCCUGGACUGCUCUUUCGCAGUCUGUAUGGACAAUCCUGCCAGGACUUCAAGUCACUCAUUCGUUAAAGUAUAUAAUUGAACUGAUUGUGGAAGAUGGUUUCCGCAAUCAUAUUUAGUAGAAUCAACAUAUGAUUCUUUAAAUAGGCCUGGGUCAUCCCGGUCUGUAGGUGCACACUUCUCUUUAAUGUCCAUAAGACGUGUGUCUUUUAUAUGUUCUUCUUUUCUCUGUUUUGAUCUCCUUAGGGUUAGGGGAUCAAUAUCCAGGUCUUCAUCUCCAUCUAUGAACUGCUAUUUUCUCAGGGACCUUCUCCGUUUUGUCACUUUUUAUGUUUUUUUUUCAAUACAUGUCCAGUGUGUUUGUUCAGGAACCGAGUCUCUCACCUUAUCCUCUCCCUUAUUAGAACGAGAAAGUAAAGGAGGACGAAAGGAAGGAAAGGCAGGGCUACUUUGAAGGACUGGACAAGACCUCGUAUGAUUAUAUGAGCCAUGUGCGCAAAACACAGGUUUUGGUUCGAGAAUAUGGAUGCUACUCAAUGUAGUUGCAUAAUACUCUUGUAGCCAACCUUCAGUUGGUACCGUUUCUGUGCGUGAAUAAUAGCUAGUAAUAGUGUCUUGUCUUGGUCAGGUUCCUUGUGAACCGAUAUCAGUGGAUGCCUAUUCACUCUAGAUAGUAAUUUUUCUAUGCCUGUUCUUCGUGUCCAGCAAAAUUGUCUUCAUUGUUGAAGGGAACACUUACAUUCUCAAGUCUCAACGUUAAUAGCAGAAUUACUUGUUAGUAAGUGUAGCUGCAGUACCUAAUCAACUAAAGCUACCUUAGCCACCAUUGCUGAGAUCUUCAGUGUUGUGCCAUUUUUUAAUGU